AUGACUAUGGGGGAUAUGAAGACCCCAGGCUUUGAUGACCUCCUGGCAGUGUUUGACAUCUCAGAUAUGGUCUAUCCAAAAGCAGCCAUUGAGUCUGGACACGAUGAGCAGGAGAGCCACAUCGAGCAGCACGCUCGUGCUGCUGACGCCUCCCACACUACCUCUUCUGAUGCUGGUGUCAGCUUUAUCGUUAAGAAUGUUCCUAACAGCAAUUCCUCCAAGGGUGUGGAGAAAGAUGGCUGCAGUCCCACGGGCAGUGGCUUGUGUAAUGGCUUUCUCACCAUGUCCUCUCUUGACAGUUACAGUAAAGAUAAGUCGAAGUCCUUGAAAGGAGAUGUGCCUCCCUCAGAGGUGACUUUAAAAGACUCAGCUUUCAGCCAGUUUAGCCCUAUCUCAAGUGCUGGAUUUGAUGACAAUGAGAAGAUUGAGGUGGACAACCCCCUUGAUAAAGAGGACAUGCAUCCAGGUUUCACAUCGAACGUGCUGACGGGCUCGGCUCUCCAACAGGACUGUGAUAAACUGAAGACACUUGGAGGGGAAAAAGGCAAAACUGGGAUCUCUACUUCAGGCAAUACAGAUAAAAGCAAAGUUGUUAAGAGAGAAACAGAAACAAAAUCUAUAAAUCUGAGUGUUCAUGAACCUUUUAAAGUCAGAAAAGUGGAGGACAAAUUGAAGGAAAACUCUGAAAAGGUGCUUGAAAACAGGGUCCACGACGGGAAGCCAAGCUCCGAGAAGAAUGAUGCCACCCUUAACAGCGUCGUACCAUUGACGACAGAGCCAUCUUCCAAGCUUUCUUCAUGUAUAGCUGCAAUCACAGCACUUACUGCUAAAAAGGCUUCUUCAGACUCCUGCAAAGAACCAGUGACCAACUCACGGGAAUCCUCCCCAUUACUAAAAGAAGUAAAUGACAGUCCUAGAGCCAUUGAGAAUUCUCCUGAAUCUCAGAGUCUCAUCGAAGGGAAAAAAAAGGCAUCCCCAAAGCAGCCGGAUAGUCUCAGGAGCAUUUCAAGUGAAAACAGUAGCAAGGGAUCACCAUCCUCUCCGGCAGGAUCCAUACCAGCAAUUCCCAAAAUCCGCAUAAAAACCAUUAAGACAUCUAGGGAAAUAAAGAGAACAGUGACAAGGGUAUUGCUGGAAGUUGAUCUCAACUGUGGAAAAAAGCCUUCUGAGCAGACAGGGUCCUUGAUGGCGUCUGUGACAUUUUUGUCGUUUCCAGCCUCGGCCGCUGUCCUUUUCUCUCCCCCCAGGGCACCACUGCAGGCGGCGGUCGUUACCAGUGCAGUUGCCCCUGCAGAGCUGACCCCCAAACAGGUCACUAUUAAGCCUGUGGCAACCGCCUUUUUUCCACUGUCCGCCGUGAAGAUGGCAGGAUCGCAAGUUAUUAAUUUGAAGCUCGCUAACAGCACAACGGUCAAAGCCACGGUCAUAUCUGCCACCUCCGUUCAGAGCAGCAGCAGCACCAUCAUUAAAGCUGCCAACGCCAUCCAGCAGCAAAGUGUUGUGGUGCUGGCAUCCAGCCUGGCAGUGCCAAAGGCUGUGCACCUCGCCAACCUUAAUCUUCUGCCUCAGGGCUCCCCGGCCACUGAGCUCCGCCAAGUGCUAACCAAACCUCAGCAGCAAAUAAAGCAGGCAAUAAUCAAUGCAGCAGCCUCGCAGCCACCCAAAAAGGUGUUUCACAUCCAGGUGGUGUCCUCCUUGCAGAGUUCUGUGGUGGAAGCUUUCAACAAGGUGCUGAGUAGCGUCGACCCAGUCCCAGUUUACAUCCCCAACCUCAGCCCUCCUGCUAACGCAGGCAUCACGUUACCUACCGGAGGGUACAAGCACUUGGAGUGUGGUGACUCCUUUGCUCUCCAGAAGAGUUUGACUCAGCACUAUGACAUGCACAUGUGCAUUGAAGUAAUGUAUAACCACUGUACAAAGAACAUCGUUUUUUACAACAAGUUCAGUCUUCUUCCCCAUGCCCGGGGGCAUAAGGAGAAGGGAGUUGUGAUGCAGUGCUGCCACUUGAUUUUAAAGCCCGUUCCAGCAGAUCAAAUGAUUGUUUCUCCAUCAAGCAAUACUUCUGCUUCAUCUUCUGCUCCUCCGAGCUCUGUGGGAGCCGGCACACACACUGUAACCAAAAUCCAGUCUGGCAUAACUGCAACGGUCAUAUCGGCUCCUUCAAGCACACCCAUCAUUCCAGCUAUGCCUCUGGAUGAAGACCCAUCCAAGCUCUGUAGGCAUAGUCCGAAAUGUUUGGAGUGUAAUGAAGUUUUCCAGGAUGAGACGUCGCUGGCUACACAUUUCCAGCAGGGUGCAGAUAAGAGUGGACAAAUGUGUACACCGCAGUGCUGUUCUAUGCACAGAACAUUAAAAAGUAUUGAAGGACCUCCAAACUUGGGUAUAAACUUGCCUUUGAGCAUUAAGCCUGCAACUCCAAAUUCAGCAAAUCAAAACAAAGAGGACACCAGAUCCAUGGAGAAAGAGAAAUUGGAAAAUAAAUCUCCAUCACCUGUGAAAAAGUCAGUGGAACCCAAGAAGGUGACAAGUCCUGGGUGGACGUAUUGGAAGUGUGAACGCUUGUUCACACAAAGAGAUGUUUACAUUUCCCAUGUGAGGAAGGAGCAUGGGAAGGUAAGCGUGCAAGCCGCCCCGUUAGCCUGCGGAGGAGCACUGGGCUGA